GCCGCGCGGGUGUUUCCCAGCAGCGCGCACGUUGCGGGUGAGCCUGCGGGCGGGCUGGCGAGCGGCUCUCAGACCCCUGCGGCGGGGCCGCGUUUGACUCAGGCUGCGCCGUUGUCUCCCGUGAGGGGUUUGAGCACGGACUGCGUCCCUCUGUGUGUGUGAGAGAGAGACUGCACCCCGCUCUCAAACUCCGUGUGUGUAAAUACGCCGCUUUCCUGUUAAUCACGAGAGGGAGGCGCGGGAGUCUUCCACGCGAUUUGCUCGCCGGAGGCGGAUGAACUGGGCUGCAGUGCCCCCGCAAGUGCACGAACGCGCGGCGGUGUCCUGUGGAGGGAGAUUCUCAGGAAAUACGUUUUGUGGAAAAGCUUGAGACAUUAAACUCUUAUUCCCUUCUCUGGUGGAGUUCAUCUUCCUUUCUGACUGCUGCUAAACUCAGCGUGCCUGGGAUAAUGCUUAUCCCUGGUUCAGACAGGAUCUAACAAUAAGGACAUCAUCUAGGAGAACUAGAGACCAGAGAAACUUAUGUUGCAAGUAGCGAUGCUGCCACUAUGGGAAAUGUUUCUUUACUUGCUUCUUUCAUUUGGCUUCCACUUUUAUUCCUUCUAUGAAGUAUACAAAGUCUCCAGAGAAUAUGAAGAGGAACUUGAAAGAGAAUUUGAAUUGGAAAAAGAUACUCUGUUUUGGGGACUUAAAAAGGACCCCACAGACUUUGAGUGGACCUUCUGGAUGGAAUGGGGAAAGGAACGUAUAAUAUGGCUUCUGCUUGGUCAUCUAAUGGUGUCUCAGAUGUCAAGGCUGUUUAUGGAAAAGUACCAACCCUGGUGUCUGAUGGCAUACGGAAUGGUGGCCUGCUGGUUUCUGUUGGGAAUCAAUGGGUUGGCAGUGCUUUUGCUACAUAUAGCCAUUUCGUUUUCUGUGGCUCAGUUUCAGACAGCAGUCCUGACAUGGCUGUGCUCACUGCUUUUGUUAUCAGCAUUACGCGUACCAGCUUUGGAAGAAGCAAUGAGAGGCUGGUAUGACAGUGAAAAUGAAUACUACUUGCUGCUCUUCACCCUGACUGUUCGCUGCCUCUAUUAUACUAGUUUCAGCCUAGAAUACUGCUGGCAUGGGUCUACCCAGAAGAGGUAUCACUCAUUUUUUUGGAUGCUCGCCUACAUGUUCUACUACCCUGUGUUCCACAAUGGACCCAUUAUGACCUUCAAUGAAUUUACUAAGCAGAUGAGGAGACAAGAAGCCUGCAGCUUGAAGAGCAACCUUUGUGUUUUACUGCUGGGCGUAGUUCGCAUUUUCUUUUGGUGGUGGCUGGCAGAGCUGAUAAUUCAUCUCAUGUAUAUCCAUGCCAUAUAUAGUAGUUCUUCACAUCUGGAAGCAGUGUCUUACUGGACCUUAGGUGGCCUGGCAUUAGCUCAAGUACUAUUUUUUUAUGUGAAAUACCUGGUUCUCUUUGGUAUUCCUGCUCUUAUUAUUCGAAUGGAUGGACUCAAACCUCCAGCUUUACCUCGCUGUGUGAGCACUAUGCACAGUUUUGCUGGAAUGUGGAGAAGUUUUGAUGUUGGACUGCAUCAUUUUCUUAUCAGGUACAUCUACAUCCCAAUGGGAGGAUCCCAUGGCGGUGUGUUUGGGAUGUUGUUUUCCACCGCAGCCACUUUUUCUUUUGUAAGCUAUUGGCAUGGGGGCCAUAACUACCUUUGGUUCUGGGCAGCACUUAACUGGCUUGGAGUAAUUGCAGAAAAUGGAGUCAGGAGGCUACUGUCUGUUUCACUUGUUCAAGAGUUAAUUGAUCGUUUUUUCUCACCAGGAAUUUGCCGUCGACUUCAUGCUGCCCUGGCAGCUAUUUCCACUUCAAUGUUGAUUUUAUCCAAUCUAGUGUUCCUUGGAGGUAAUCAGGUUGGGAAAAUCUACUGGAACCGAAUCUUUGUGGAAGAUCUCAAAGGACAUUCCAGGAGCCAGUAUCAUUAUUGCCUAUGUACAGAUGAAGAAAAGGAGGCACACAGGCCCAGAUCCCCAAAGGGAUUUAUGCACCCUAAACUCUGUUUUAGGCACCAGUGCAAUCCACAAAAUUUGCACUUGGCUGGCACCUAACCCUGUAACUCUUUAAAUUCAUUCAGUGCCUAAAUAUGUGUUGUAAAAGUUGCCUGGUAUACUGAUGUGGGUCUUCCUCAAUCUCUCCUGUUCAAGCUUUUCCACUUUGGAAAAAUAAUCAUUAAAGCAGGGGAACUGGAUCCUGGGACUCUGAGCUCCCACGUGAGUGCCCUAACCCACCAGCCUACAAAGUCAACCUGAUACUUUUUUGGGCUAAUGACUAUUGAAGUAUGCGUAUGAAGUAGAAUCGUUUUAACAGGAGAGACUGAGAGAACCAUAUCAGAUGUUCCCAUUGGACUAAAACUAAUAAUGGAGGCAGCACCACCACUCCCUCUUGCAAGAAGUGAGGUUACAUGCCUAUGCACAAAGAUCUUAGGCACUUAAACCAGAGUUUGUGGAUUCCAGUGAUUUUCUACAUACCUAAAAGUUCAACUCUGGAAUGCUACACGCCGCAUAAGUCUCUUUAUAGACUGUAGCCAUGGAGCCUUUCAUCUCUAGAUAUGGGGCCAACAGACUCGCUGGGCCCUUGAGCAACAUGGGGGCGGGGGCUGGC